AUGACACAAGGUACACCGGCCGAGCCCGAGGUACCAGUCCCCGACAAGGGACUGAGAGAUUUAGCGAAGAAUGUAGCCAAGGUCUUGCCUAAUUUCGAAGAGGAAGAACCCGCUAUUGGAGUGAAAAAGCUUCACGACGCUUUGUCCCCGGUCUUGGAAACAGCAGAUCUACCAGAUUUGGAGAACAGUCAUCGUGCCGCCGCUUCCAAUGCUCUAUGUGCGAUCAUUGAGCAUUGCGCGGCUUCCAAGAGCCAGUAUGUGAGGGAAGAGAUCUUGAAUGAUUCCAUUUGGAUGAGAGGAUUCAAUGUCUAUCUCCAGAGGUCCGGUGAUGCAAAGGGCAAGUCAAUGAGGCAGAUGCUUUUGGUCCUUACGAGUGCCAUUACCAGAGAUCUGACCCCGCGCGCUAUCGAGCUUCGCCAGCAGGCUACUGCCCAGUUCCUGGAUAUCAUCUGCGAGCGCGAGGAUCGCAUCAAAGUCAAGCCGGCUUUACAAGGCCUUGCGCACUUUUUGCUCAAGGACGUGGUCUCGAUUCCAGAACUAGUAAACCUGUUCAACAAACAGUUGAAGCAUUCAUCAGGUUCAGCCAAAAACACCGUGAACUCUCAAACGGUUUUCACUUCCUUUCUUGCCUGGGUUGUCCAUCAUGACACUUCCCUCUCUGCAGGUCAUUUAAUCAAGAACUUCUUGACACAGGCCCGUCGUCUUCCAGACUACUGGACACAGGGAGCAAGUGAUCAAAAUACACCAUUAUGGAUCGAGCCAGUGGUGCAGACUUUACAAGACUGGCCGGAUCGGAUACAGGAAUUCAGGACCCACGUUUUUCCUCACUGCUUCAUGCCCAAUAUCUCCGAGUACACACGAUUUCUAGCAUACGUACGUUUCGAGGUGUACGUGCCGCACGAAGGUACAUUGCUAGAUGAGCUAGUACAACCUAGCAAGCACACACCUACAAUCGAUGGAGACAUGGAGUUCAGGAUCUUGCUAGCAGCAAUUGCGACUGGAAAAGAGCUUACGAUAGUCAAAGACAGUGACCAUACAACACAGAGUAGUAUAGGGAUUCACGAUGGCGCUGUCUAUCUGCCCGACAACAUUGCAGGUAAAUGGAUGUCUGAUUCAGAGCCCGAGGUCAGGCUUGCAGGAAUGUUUCUUUCCGUAUACUCAACUUCCAUCACAAGAGCAUUCAGCGGCAGUGUCCUCCAAGCAUUGAAGCGUAACCUUGUCCAUCUACACACCGACACGGAUGCCAACUUCCGCCGGGAGGUACACGGAUACACACAGAAGCUCUUUGAUCGAUUGAGAGCAAGUACGGCUACGUUAUCAAAGGGCAUAUUAAAAAGCGGUGGUACAGGUCAAACACGACUUCCUUUCCCAAAAGCGACUUUCGACUUUGGCCUAUCACUUUCCAGGCCCAGGCAACGAGACCCGCUUCUAGAAUCUCUUUCAUUCGUGGUCUGGUACAUUCGGUUUCUCGAGUGGGAACUUCGCCCGACUGCGUCCUAUCAGAGCCGCAUCACAGCGCUACGAUCUCUGACCAUUGUACUACGUUCUGGGGUGGACCCAGGAGUUCCAUAUGCCAGCCUUUCCAAAUCCGCACAAGGACAGCUGAACUGGGCAUAUGGCAUUCAAAUUGGGAGCAUGAAAUUAGCGCGAACACUACUGGAUCUGAUACUCGAUCCCUUCGACGACGUUCGAGAUGCAGCCGUGUCAGUCCUACAAUUAUGCUUAGUAGCGCUACCAGAAGACGAGAAAAUGCGCAUAAUGUCGGCCAUUCCUCCAUUCAUUGCGCGAGCGGAAGCCGUCAUGCUUCGUACCGGACGAGCUGAUCAAGCAGACGGUGUUGCUCGAGCCUACGGAAUGGUCUUCUCCUCUGCAGGCGAUGCAGCAGUGACGCCAGGGAGCGCUUUCUUUUCCACAAAGUUGCAAAUUUUCGAACACCUCCAAAGCCAGCUUAAGAAUACGUUGGCAGUUGCACAUGCGGAUCUCUCACAAGCUGUUGAUGGCCGGCCGGUACAUGGUAUCUUUGCUGCAUUGCGAUACGUUGUCGAUCAGCCUGAUUUCUACACCCUCGUGGCAAAAACGCCACAAGACGCAUUUACUCAAUGGAAAAGCCUUCACAGUGAAAUUGUGGAAAGUAUUGAGAGCCUGUGGAAUUGCGUCUACCAUGUUCUAUGCGCAGAUGCACCAGAAGGCCAUGUUCCUGACGAAUUGGAAGACGACGCGAGCUUGGACACCAAGGAAAUUCUAAGCUACUCAUGGAGAGGUCUCAAAGAAGCAAGUGUACUACUUAGGACGAUCAUUUCAAAAGCCCCCGUGGGCAAUGGAGAUGCAGAUCUCAUGACAGCACAUCUCUUUGAAAAACUGGGUAGACUGUGCUUUACUCAGCUUCUAGAACUACGACACCGCGGUGCCUUUUCAACUGUUUCUCAAACAUUUGCUAUCUUCUGUCGUCGCUGCGUAACCUCAAGCAUCCCUUCUCUGCGCGCAUUACCCGAGGCAUGGUACCAGGAAACUCUACGCUCCAUUCAAGCCAAGUCUGAUGCCAUUACUCGAAGAUCUGCGGGUAUACCUGCAGCCAUGUCGGCCUUGUUAGCAGCUGAGCCACAGACCAACGGCAAGCUAUUCCCUCGAGCGAUGAAAGAUCUCACUGCAGAGACUCUUGUCGAAGCCCAAAGCGCAAACAUUGAAGAAAGUCGCCUCCCGCAGGUCCAUGCACUCAAUUGUAUCAAGGAGAUCUUCACCACCUCCAAGCUCAGUGUUGCGUCCGAAGCAUACAUUGGCCAGGGUCUCGAGCUAGCUGCGAAGACCUUGAAUUCGCCCAUCUGGCCUCUCCGCAAUUGCAGCCUCAUGCUCUUCAAAGCCCUCAUCGAGCGACUCCUCGGCAGCGACGAAGCUCAAGACUGGAAAGAACACGAUCGUGCAAAAACCUCACGCUUCUCCUACGACAACUACCCCAGCCUCGUCACCAUAUUGCUCGACCUGCUCGAACCGAGUGGUAACCAAGGUAUCAUGGAUACCCCCGAGAGCGGCAGCUCACCUCUUGAUCUACACGGCGCCGAAGGCGUGUUUCCCGCGCUCCAGAUUCUGCGGCAAGCAAGGCCACCAGGCGACAUUUCCAAAAUGCAGGAGCUGGUAAAGAGGCUGAUUCCAAGUCCGCACUGGCACAUGAGAGAUAUGGCAGCGAGGACCUAUGUGUCGUUGUGCUCGCCAAACGAGGGCUUCGGUGCACUGAAUGCAAUCUUGGACAAUGUGCCUGCAAGUAGUAAUGGACGGCAUGGAAUGCUGUUGGUGAUGAAGUACCUGUUGAAGAAGAUUCUGCGUAACUCAAGUCAAUUCACACUGGCUGGCUUCGCAGCUAUGAUGCAACAGCUUUGCAGACAAGCAUCUAUAUGGUACACAUCUAGCAACUGCUUCUUCGUGCGAGCCGCAUUUCUCGACAUCAUCAGCCUCUGCGGAAUGACGCUUCUCCGCCAGCCCAACGCCCUGUCAGUCCUACAAGCCUGGACUGACCUCGCAGAUUGCGUGUCCAUCAGCCCCGAGUACUCGAUUGGCCCCAGUACCCACCACGGCGACGAUUUAUACCGCAGCUCGCUCGUACAAGUCUUCAUCCUCGACCGCGUAAUCCUGCGCGAAACCUCUCUCAGCGUCAUGGUCUCGGAGAGCUACCAAACCAUUGGUGACGCCCUCCUUCUCCUCGCUACCCAAGACCCAGAUACGUGCCUUACUGCACUGGAAACUCUAAACACCAUUCUCCAGUGCACUCACCCCAGCGAUCUAACCAUCCCGCUCUCGCUGGUGCUAUCCCACAUCCACACCAUGGUGCUCGCAUCCACAAACCCAGAAGUCUCAUCGGCCGCUGAAUCCGUCCUUGCCCACGCUCUCACCUCACCCCCUCUCCGCAGCGACUUCUUCUCCUUGCUGAAAGAAGCCGACGUCGUGCUGACCCUUUCCAAACUUGAAGCAACAUGUCUCGCCGCGCCCCCGUCGAAUAUGCAAAGUAGUCUGCACCUGCUAUCUUUCUUCCUCAACCACGGCUAUCACAGUCUGGCCCCUGUGGAAACAAGAAAUGUCGUCCUCCCAGCGAUCGCGCGAUACAUCCGGCUCGUGCGGACGACAAUCGUCGACACGAAUCCCUUCGACACACGCAUAUCAGCCAUCCAGUCGCUGUCAGGCCUCACGCACAUUUUCACCGCGAGCCCCACGUCCCGAGCAACAGGCCCGAUAAUUCUUGCUGUCGCACUGCUUCUGCACGACCUCCUACAUGACGACGACGACGAGAUACGUGAUCUGGCUGCGCGAACAACAGGCGCCUUUUUGCGCGCCCAGGGCGACGUCAAAGCUAACGAUACCGUCCCGGUACUAACGAGCUACCGUCUCGCGCUCUUCCUGUGCACAGCGGAGUUCUACGCUGAACAAGACGUAGCGCGUCAGGCGCUACGCAGACUGACUGAUACCACGCCGGGACAUGCACUCUUCGACACGUCUUUCGAGCAGGAGUUUGCGGAAGCGAGAAAAGAAGAUACGGCCUUGUUUGCGCGUGAAAAACAGAAUUUGUAUAAGGAUGAUGUGCUGGAUGCUGUGCUCUGGUCGCGAGUACUGCUUCAAGUACGUCCGUCGUCUGUGUCGCUGGAUCUGCGCAAAGAGGUGGUCAAGUGGGUGGGAGACGCUCUUGCGGUACUAACUGAGACGGCGAAAAAGGAGGAUGAUGGCGCGUUGGGAUGGAGCUCGAAGGAUGAGGUGUUUACGCUUGGGAUGCGGGUGUUUUGUGCGGCGGAACAGGUGUUGCGGUGGGGUGACGCGAAGGAGAGAGCUGGCGUGAUGGUUGCGCUGAGGAAGUUCGUGGAGGUUGGCAGUGAGAAGGGUGUUCAUGGGCUAUGGAUUGAGAGGAUUGAGAAGGUGUUGGAGAGGGAGGUCAUGGGAAUCUUGGCAAGAGUCAAGGAAAGCUUUGAGGGGGUACGAGGUUAG